UAGUUUUAUGAAUUUCCAGUUUCCGUCUGCAAUAGUUUGUUCUAUAUAGUUUCGUUCUCUGAGAACGAAUUUUGAAAUAUAAAUGUGUGGCCCUCCUUAAUGAAUUUAAUCAGCUAUUUAAACUUGAACCAACUUUACAGAAAGCCACUCGAGUUUCGCUGUGGACGAAGAAGGUUCAUAGCCCAAAAUGGGAAUAAAAGUGUUUCUUAUUUUCAACCUUCUCUUGAGUUUUUCAAGUUCAAAAGCGGAUAUUCCAGACUGCAACUAUUACGAUACUGUGGACCUGUCACAUAUUGAAAAGCAGAAUGGUUCCUAUGUAUAUGAAGGCAUCGUAAUUCCUGCUAACCUAACAGGUGAGUAUGACUUCAAGAUGAUACCAUACUGGGAAAGGCAACCAGAGACGAAACAUCUGAGAGGAUGUCUCUGCCAAGAGAAGCCGUGCGUCCGGUUUUGCUGUCCUCGCAAAAAUAUGUUACCCAAUGGCGGAUGUAGUGAUGGUUUUAAGGAGGAACUUUCCCUAUCAAAUCCCUACCUAAAUGUAAGUCGGGGGGAUGGUUCUAUAAAAACUCAAUACAUCUACAACGAGACCAUAAUGAGGACCCAGUAUUAUGAGUACGAUGAGGUGCUCGGCCUGAGGGCUGGCGAGUACUUGUUAUUUGAGAAUGGAACUGUAUACAUUAACUCAUCCAGUUCGUAUUUUAGUAAAGAGAAAUAUUGCUUUUACGCCCAUUCAAACUUUCAAGAAACCUUAUGGAUUGUUCUCCACCACGGCUCUUUAAAAUGGACAACAACGGAUCUAACUUUCUCGAUGAUUUCGCUUAUAUUAACCAACCUUACCACUGCCAUAUAUCUUUACGUAAAGGAGCUUCGGAACGUCCUUGGCAAAUGUCUUAUUAGCUUCUUUUUGUGCCAUCUCGUAAUACAGAUACUCUUUUGGCUGGAUAAUUCAAGUUUAUUGAACGAAGUUUGCUCUCUAACAGGUUACUUUUAUUACUUCAAUCAUGUCGCUCUUUAUUUGUGGACUUCCGUAAUAAGCUAUCAUUUAUGGAUUACACUGACGUCGCUCAAAAGCCAUGAACCUGAAAAUCACUUCCUGGUCUUCAGUGCCUUUGCCUGGAUUCUUGCUGCUCUUUUUACUGGAAUUAUCUUUGUUAUCAACAAAGUCUGGGAGAAUGAUCCCCAUCAUUGGAAUGGAAUGCCCAUAGUUGGUUUCAGUAGAUGCGUGAUGGUGGGUUCUAAAUGGACUUUAAGGAUCUUCAUGAAUGGACCCUUAAUUGUCAUAGGUAUUUUCAAUUGGACCAUGUUCAUCCUCACAAUUAGAUACAUUCGCAAAGUUAAGAAGGAUCUGAAGUAUUUAAAGGCACGCCAUGAAGGGACGUUCAACUGCCUUGAAUUCGACGGAGAGACUUACAUUCUUUUCCUGCGGCUCUCCUUUAUAAUGGGGUUAUCGUGGAUGAUGUUCUUAUAUGAAUUAAUAAACUGGGAACGCGAAUUAUGGGAGGCGCUUACUAAUGUAGUUAAUUUUAUCGAUAGCAGUAUCGGUGUUUUCUAUUUUGUGCUAAUCAUUCUUAAGCGGAGCACCCUUCGGAUGCUUAUGGAUAGGUAAGCUACGUGAUAUUACACCAUUGAAUAGCAUUACCCCAUCCUUUUACUUCCAGAA